GUAAGCUUUGUAUGGAUACUUCGUAGAAGAAGAAAAAAUGAGGCAAAAAGAGAAAAGCAAUAAAGCUCACUGAGAAUGUGAGUCUGUAUUAGUAUCAAAGUUAUCUCACCACACCAAACAAAUAUCAAACUCUUUCGCUCUCUCUUUCUAGUCUCUUUCUUGUCCGAUCUCCCGUUUUAUCAAAGUCUUUUGACUGGAGAGAUUGCAAUUGAAGCUACAAUUUGGCAGGAGUUGAUCAGUGAUUGUUCCUUUAAAACUUUCUUUGCUUGUUUUUGAGAAGCUGGAGUGAGGAUUUGAUGGUGGAAUUGUGAGACACAGAAGAGAAAAUAGUAGCAGUUGUCGUUCGGUGGGAGAAAUGACUGGGGAGGGAGCAUUAAUGUCGUUUUCAGUGGCUUCACUGGUGGAGGAUGUACUGCAACAGCACGGCAAUAGACUCAGAGAUCUUGAUUUGGAGUCUAGAAAAGCUGAAGAAGCAGCAUCGAGAAGGUAUGAAGCCGCCGGGUGGUUGAGAAAGAUGGUUGGGGUGGUCGCGGCUAAGGAUUUGCCAGCGGAGCCUUCUGAGGAGGAGUUUAGGCUUGGAUUGAGAAGUGGAAUCAUCCUUUGCAAUUCCCUCAAUAAGGUUCAGCCUGGAGCUGUGCCCAAGGUGGUUGAAAGUCCUUGUGAUGCUGCUCUUAUCCCUGAUGGAGCUGCAUUAUCUGCAUUUCAGUAUUUUGAAAAUGUGAGAAAUUUCCUUGUUGCCGCACAAGAGAUUGGGUUUCCUACUUUUGAGGCAUCUGAUCUGGAACAAGGAGGAAAAUCUGCCAGGGUUGUGAAUAGUGUUUUGGCGCUUAAAUCCUACAGUGAGUGGAAACAGACAGGUGGAAAUGGAGUGUGGAAGUUUGGUGGAAAUGUGAAACCUACAAUCUCAACAAAAUCUUUUGUACGAAAAAACGCUGAGCCAUUUAUGAAUUCCUCAUCGAGGAAUUCGACAAUGAAUGAAAAAUCUUUGAACGCUCUGUCCACUGAACUUGACUCUAAUAAAAUGUCUACUUUUGGUUCCUUGAGUACACUGGUUCGUGCUGUUUUGUUGGAUAAGAAGCCAGAAGAAGUUCCACUGUUGGUGGAAUCGGUGCUAAGUAAGGUCGUGGAAGAGUUUGAGCAUCGCAUUGCAAGCCAAUGUGAGCUGAUAAAGACUACUCCUAAAGAUGUGGCUGUUUCUCAGGGCAACAAAUUUGUAUUUAAAUCAGCAUCUGAUGAUAAAAAGAUUGAGGAUAGACAUAUCAGAAUGAUAAAGAAAGUGGAAUGCCUUCCUGAAGAGGAACUUAAAAUUCAAAACCUGAAACAGCUGAUGAUCUUUGACCAUCAACAAAGAGAUAUUCAGGAGUUAAAGCAUGCACUUCGUACAACAAAAGCUGGAAUGCAGUUUAUACAAAUGAAAUUUCACGAGGAAUUUAACAAUUUAGGCAUGCACAUUAAAGGUCUAGCUCAUGCUGCUUCUGGUUACCGCAAGGUUCUUGAGGAAAACCGUAAGCUAUACAAUCAGGUGCAAGACCUCAAGGGAAGUAUUCGGGUUUAUUGCCGAGUAAGGCCAUUUUUGUCUGGAAAAUCGAACUAUUUAAGCACUGUGGAUCACAUAGAAGAUGGAAAUAUUAGUAUUAACACCCCAUCAAAACUUGGGAAAGGACGCAAGUCCUUCGGCUUCAACAAAGUCUUUGGACCAUCUGCAACACAAGCGGAGGUCUUCUCUGAUAUGCAGCCAUUGAUUCGGUCUGUUCUUGAUGGAUACAAUGUUUGCAUAUUUGCAUAUGGCCAAACAGGAUCAGGAAAAACUUAUACCAUGACAGGACCUAAAGAUCUUACAGAGGGAAAACUGGGUGUAAAUUAUAGGGCAUUGAGCGAUUUAUUUCUUCUAGCAGAGCAAAUGAAAGACAUCUUCUGCUACAAUGUUGCCGUGCAAAUGAUUGAGAUUUACAAUGAGCAAGUCAGGGAUCUCCUUGUCACUGAUGGAAGCAACAAAAGAUUAGAAAUCCGCAAUAGUUCUCAGACAGGCCUGAAUGUACCAGAUGCAAAUCUAGUUCCGGUGUCAUCGACAUCUGAUGUCAUUGAUCUGAUGAACCUUGGACAAAGGAAUCGUGCUGUUGGUGCAACAGCCCUAAAUGACCGUAGCAGUCGCUCUCAUAGUUGCUUGACUGUUCAUGUUCAAGGAAGAGACUUGACAUCUGGCACUAUCCUUCGUGGUUGCAUGCAUCUGGUUGAUUUGGCGGGGAGUGAGAGGGUGGACAAAUCUGAAGUGACAGGAGAUAGACUAAAAGAGGCACAACAUAUUAACAAAUCUCUCUCAGCUCUAGGUGAUGUAAUUGCUUCACUUGCCCAAAAGAAUCCACAUGUUCCUUACAGAAACAGCAAACUUACACAGCUGCUUCAAGAUUCACUUGGAGGGCAGGCCAAAACACUAAUGUUUGUUCACAUAAGCCCUGAGCCUGAUGCUGUUGGAGAAACAAUAAGUACACUAAAAUUUGCAGAGAGGGUGGCCACUGUUGAACUAGGUGCAGCUCGAGUGAACAAAGACGGUGCAGAUGUUAAAGAUCUCAAAGAACAAAUUGCUAGCCUAAAGGCAGCAUUAGCGAGGAAAGAUGGAGAAGCAGAACACUUCUUACAUUCUGUAUCUGGCAACUCUGAAGGUUACAGAAGAAAAGAAAAUGAGUUAUCACCAUUUAAUUCUAACCAGCGGCUUGGGGAUGUGAAUGAUAGCAAUAGCUUCCCGCAACCCAUGGGUGAUGUUGGCAACAUGGAGGUUCACACAAACUCUACUUCUGGGCAAAAAAGGCAGAGCUUCGAUCUUGACGAGCUAUUAGCAAAUUCACCUCCAUGGCCUCCAGUUAUUAGUCCUAACAAAAAUUAUGGAGAGGAUGAGAAGGAAAUGGGGUCAGGCGAGUGGGUAGAUAAAGUCAUGGUGAACAAGCAAGAUGCUGUAAACAGGGUUCAAAACCCUCAAGGAUGCUGGGAAGCAGAUAAUGGUCAUUUGCCUGAUCUCUUUUACCAGAAAUAUCUUUCACACUCUUCCAAAAUUUACCCUGAGCAGUCCUAUAAUAUGUUAAUGGGUAACAACCGUUUCAACAGUAGUAGUACUGAAGAUAUGGAUGAUCUUGACGCCGCCACUAGUGAUUCAUCAGAACCUGAUUUGUUGUGGCAAUUCAAUCAGACCAAACUUUCUGGCAUGGCCAAUGGGAUUGAGUCAAAAACAAAGAAGCCAAUUUCAAAAGCAGCAAAGGAUCCAGACUUGAGCAGGAACUUAAAUCCUAUGCUAGGCCCUUCGCCAUCACGAAAAUUAACAAAUGGAGUUGGUGCUCCCUUACAACGGAGGCCAGCUCCUGUUGAUAUGAAACGCAGAACUGGAAGUAGAAAGUAGGAAGUGUUAUCCACGUUGACGGAGAAAUUUCAGAUUUUUUUUUUCCUUUUUCUUCUACUUCUUAUAUAUAUAUAUAUAUAUAUAUAUAUAUAUUUCUUAUUUUUUUUAUCUGAGAGAAAAAAGAGAGGUUUUAUUAUAUAUAUAUAUUUUUUCUUUGUAAUGUUUAUAAUACAGUAAAAUGGAGCAAUAAUUCCAGUUGCUUGUUGUUGUC